AUGCGCAGCUCCAUGAGAAGCUCUGGAGCGGUGAUAAGAGGGCUCUGUUUCUGGCUUCUGGCCAGCUUGGCAAGGGCUUCCGGGCCCCUCGACCUCUGGGUUCUCUGGACAGAUCGGGAUGGGGCAGACUUCUUCUUCACUUCCAGCACUUGCGCAACUGUUACUCUGCCCGAUGUGAGCAUCGCCGGGAAUGAGCCGGCGCCCCCGCCUGCGAAUGGCGGGAUUAGUGACAUGCUGUUCUUCGCAGAUACCUUCGAGUUCGUUUUUCUGGAGGGUGGCAAACUGGUCCGGGCCUGGAUGGACAAGACGGGCCGAUCGGAACUCGGGUUCUUGCCGGGGGAUGCUCCUGGGCCCGUCUGGAAUGCCACGGGGACCGGCCCCAAUCUCGGAGAGGAGGGAGCUCUGGCUUGGACCCAGAAUGCUGGCAUGGCCAUGGUCUUCUUCGCCUCCUCCUUGACGAACAAACUCUGGGUCUCCAACUUGAGCUCGGUGCCGCCGCGAGACUCUUCCCACUUAGGCCCAUGGAUGGAGGUGCUCGAGGGUAGCCAGGCCACAAGCGCCAGGCCUCAAGUGCCGGUGUUGUUUGCCAGGGACGGUAUGGUCCUCUGGAGCGACACCCUGGUGCUAAGAACUUGGAGUGCCAAAGACGCUUUGGAGGCCGCGGCUCUUGGUGGCCAGUCGGCCGGUUCGGCUGUGGCCCAGCUUGGCAGUGGCGCGGAUGCAUGGGGCGAGCUGUUGGUGGCAGAAUCAACUCACGAUGGAGGCAUGCUUUGGAUUCGACAGGUGGGUAGCAACCCAGCACAACUUGAGCAUGUGCUGCAGCUUGAAUCUUUGAUCGAUGGGCCGAACGCAAACGUGGCCACUGGAAAUGUGCGCUGGCUCCAUGGUUUCUCCGAGGGCGACGUGCCUUCUGCCAUCGCGGUGCCCCCUACUCCCGGGCCAGGGCUGCCCUACCUGGGAAAUCUGACGGAGCUGUUCCAGCAGGUGUAUUUUUCCAUCCUGGGGCCAACAUUGCAAGCUCGCCUCGACCACUUGGAUCUUGGCACCGGUGUGGUCACGACCGUUGCCUUCGCCGGCGGGAUCGAGCGGCGUGGAGCGGACCCAGCCCGGCCUGGGGCAUUGAGUAUCUAUCCCAUGCCAGAAGUCUGCGUUAAUGUCGGCUGCCUCUACCUAGAGAAUGCUUUCAGCCACUGCGAGAAGUGCACCACGACAAUUUGCGACACCUGCUUCCUGGAUACGCAGGACUGGCUCAUCAAGGAAUGGUAUCCUCAGCACACAAUUUGGACCAGCUGCGUCUGGCUCUGGCCCAUCGAUCAGGCUGCCUGGGUGGUCCGGACGCAGGUGCAGCAGGCGAAGGAAGAUGGGCUCCUACCGGAUGACUUCAUCGUCAAGGAGUUGCCACCCACACCAGGUGAAGCAACGCCGCCCGGGACCACAGCGCGGCCACUAACCACCACCGCUCGCCCGACAACUACAGCGACGAGUCUAACGGUGACCACACACACGCUGACAACGACCAGCAGUUCAGCGACGGCCACUACGACCAAUCCGUGCGCUGCAGUUCCUCCCCUUGUAGGAGACGCUCUUGACGCUUGCCGUGCUGAAAUUGCUUCAUGGUGCCAGGCCGAGCCGGGACUUCCGGACAUGACCUUGGCUCCGCUGGACCUCCGAGCCCAGUGUGCAGGCUUCGCCUGGUCUGCAGAGGCGCUAUGUUCUGAGCCUGCUGCUGUGGCAGACGGGGGUACACUGAUCGGUGAUGGAGGUACGUUCGAUGGCUGCACGUCCUGCACGGAGCUCUGGGGCCUCGCUCUCUUGGCAGGCUUGGGCUUGCUCCUCACGAUGAUGGUCUGCAUCACUUGGUGCCUGACCACCUCCAGGCGCUUACAGGCCCAGCGUGCGGACCAAGAUCUGCGAGCGGCUGCGCAAGUGCGGCGCGCUGGCUCGGCUGACGAAGGCCUCAACCCGGACAUGGGCGUAUCAGCGCCCAAUUCGACCGUGCCCGACUGGCCGGCUUCUAACCGACAGCCGGGCUGGAAGUCCUGCACAAGGCGCCUGCGCUGCCCUUGCUGCAGAAACCGUUCAUCGAAAGCCGCUUCCCAGGUGAAGCCCUCGCCACCCAGGCCCAGCAGCCCCGACUUCGAGGAAGAGGACAGGCCCGAGAGUUCAAUGAGCAGCACUGGAGCAGUCCCCGGCGCCGACAACAUUCAGGCCAGCGUUCCUGUGGAGCAGAUCCUGAAGGGGACCUGGCAGCCCGAGCUCAGCUCUGCGGGUGCCGCAGCAGCAGCUGGGCGAUUGAGCGAAGCCAUGCGGAAGUUCAUGAGCCCCGACUCCGACGAGGCGAAGCGGUGGCGAUUUCUGGACGACGUCGAGGACAUCCUCCGGACCUUGGGCAGUGCUCUGCCCCCGGGGGUUCGCAAUGCAGCUUGGUCUUGGCACAGCCGACAGAGCGCGCGACUCCACCGCAGUCACGCGUUGACCGCAGCAUUGGACGAGGCGCGUUCGAUGGCCGAUGAUUUUCGCGAGGAUCUUUCGGAGCGCCUGGUCUCCGGGGUCCGACGCCUCGAAGCCUCAGCGCUGCUGGAGGCGGUCGGAGGAGCCGGCAAAGAAGGUCAGGGUGAUGAACGUGCACCUCUGUCGGCCGCAGAAAGGGAGAGUCUGGCCAAGGCGUCCAAAGUCGAAGAUGCCCUCGAGCAGCUGAAAACCAGGAUGGAAAGCUUGAGCGGGAGUUCCACGGGCGUGAAGGGUGAUCUGCUGCAUGCCGGACACUUGCUGGACUGCCAACAAGCGCUUCAGCGUUUGCUCGAGGAGCAGGAGGCGGCCGAGAGACUUCUUCGCGAGCAGGCUGGCGACGGCGACGCACUGCUGUCAGGUGGGACUGCUCAGCAGAUGUGGCAACAACUUGGUGAGGACAUCCGCACAUUGCAAGAGGCUUUGGCAACGAAGCUCGACGGAAGCGGCAUCUUAGCUGGAGGCGCGUCUUCGAUUUCAGCUGCUUCAAACCUGGAGUGGGAUCAGUCCAGCCGCCGUGACGGCAACGAUCCGAAGACCCAGCAUCGAAAGGCCGCCUCGAAAUCGUGGCUGCAAGGUUUGAAGCAGGCGGCAGCUCGAGCAGCGGGUUUCGCAGCUGCCCUGCGCACGGCACGCAUGCAGAAGGACAAGAAGCAACUCGACGAGAUGCAGUCCCUGCUUCAGAAGGAGUUGCAGUCCUUCGCUGAGGCGCAGAGGGUUGCGCAAGAUGGAGGACGUUGGACAGGUCAGCAGUCAGAUGCCUGGAGGCAGCUCAAUGGUGUCUGGUCGGAACUGCAGGAGGAACUGAAGGCCUGUGAUAAUAUGGCUGCUACGGACGACCAAGAGAAGGAGCGAGGUCAAUCUGGCUCAUCCCCGACCUUGACACGCGGCAACAGCAAGCUUUUAAAUUAUGCUGCGACUCGAAGGGCAAACUUGAUGCUUCCACCUAAGCGCAGCGACACCCGAUCGCUCGAUGCAGAGGAGCUGGCGGCAGCCGGUCCAGCGGCCCAGGCGUCCUCAGCGCAGCUGAGCACGCUGCGUGCAGAGCUGGCGAAGCUCCGCCACAAAGUGCAGCAGCUGCCCAGUGGGAUGGGGCAUGGCAAGGCCACAGUGCAGGAUCCGGAAUCUCCGGAGCAGCGGCUACUGAUGGCCGGUUUGAUGGAGUUGCAUCGGCAGGACCUUCAAAGACUCAUCGAAGCCGCUGAGGUGGAGCAGAGAGGUCUCGCCAGCCUGGCUGAUUCCGCUGGCGGAGAUGGGGUACAAGAGACUCUGGGCAACCUCUGGCAGCAGUUGAAAGGUGAGCUGCAGGAUUUGCAAAGCCAGCUGGAUCCGAGCAGCGAGACCAUGAAUGUGCAAUCCAGCCCCAGCUCCGCAACAGGCGGUCUUUCUGCGGGAAUCGGUGCUAGCUUGCUGACGCCAAGCAAGUCAGGAAAGCUUGCCCGCCUUCCGUCCAAGCUGAAGCGGCCGACGCUUCCCAGGGCUGUGACCGAAGCUGCGAGCAAGUACUUGCGUGCAUCGGAGGCGCUCGCCAAGCUCAGGUGGCAGCGGUCGCAGCUCGCGGACAGCCAUCCUCUGCUUCGCCUGGGUCAGGCGGCCGCUGAGGAGGAGGCCCUGGCUGGGCUGGAAGGUGAUGUCCUGCGCGCUCUGGAGAUGAACGAAGGUUGGGAGGGCAACGACCAGGAGUGGUCUGCUUUGCAAGGGCUUUGGCGCCAGCUUCGCAGGGACGUGGCAGAGGCACGGACAGCAUCGAUUCAUUCCGCUUCCACGGCAUUGGAGGAAGCAGCCGGAGACAGCACGGAAGGCGGGCGGUACGGCAGCAGAAGUGCGUGGCUGGCUUCAGAAGAGGAGGAAGAUGCUGAGGGGAGUCACCACGACAGCCGACACGGCGAGAGGAAUCUGCCAACAGCCUCGGCCUGGAGCGAGGACGGCAAGGCCCUGGGAUUCGGAGGCAUCGGAGGCUCUGGCCUGGAGCGGGCCGCGCAGCGCUUGGCGAAGCUGGAGGAGGAGCUGGAAUUGCAACAGGAAGAGCUGACGCGGUACCACCAGAUGGAGCACGGAGAUGGUGGCGUGCUGCUGGUUGGACAUGCCUUGCUCCAUCAACGUCAGUUGGAGAAGCUGGCGGCGCAGCGAGACAUCUGCCGAAAAGAACUCCAAGAACUGCUCGAGGCUGCAUCCAGGGAAGGCUGGUCAGACGAGCAGAUGGCCGCAUGCGAGAAGCUGGCAGCCCGCUGCCAGGACUUGGACCACGCCCUGCGCUCGUGCACGGAGAAGUCUGCACUGCUGAGAGAGGACGCGCAGAAGGUCUUGACCUCCAAAGGAGGCUCCUCCGCAUUUGGAGCAGCGAUUGCCGCAGCUUUCAAUGCGAGCGAUGCGGAGCUGCAAGCAGCCUUGUCGGAAGCCCUCCGGCGCAUGGCCAACUUUGAGCAUGACUUGGAACAGCAGCGGGCCGCAUUGAAGCGGCGUCGCAAGAAAGAGCCUGGAGCGAUGGCAGACGAUGAAAGCCUCACUGCACUCGUCGUCGAGAAGGGCCAAGCUCUCGCUCAGUGCCAGGACUUUGCCGAGAAGAUGCCCGCGCAAGCUUGGAACCUCAUCGUCUCCACGUGGCACGGGAAGCUGACUGACGGCCUUGAGCGCUUGGCCAUGCGCGCGGAUGUCGAGGGAGCUGAGGACUCGUCAGAGGACGAGGAUGCAAGGCAGCGCCGGAGGUUGCUGGUGGAUCGAGGGGAGGCUGUGGACCCAUCAGCAGCACUACAGGAAGCUCGAAGACGCCUAGCCCAGCUGGCCGAGGAGGCAGAGCGCCAGCGGCUCGGGCUGAAACGCCGGCAGCGCCGUGCACGCGGGGACGAGGGCAGCGACGAAGAAGGCUCCCUUGAAGAGCAAACAUUGAGGUCAUCUGCCAUCUCAGCCUGGGGUGAUGCUGAAGAUGCUGCAGGGAAGAGUGAGGAGAUCGAGCUUCUCAGGAGAGCUCAGAGGGGGAUGGGUCGCUCGGCGUGGACGGACGACCCAGCUGCCUCCGCGGACGACUUCUAUCCAUCCUCGCUGGCAGAGGCUGCGCAACGUCUCGCCGGCUUCGAGGAACAGCUUCGAGCCCAGCAAAAGUCACUGCGGCGCCUGGAGCAGCAGAAGCGGAGCGGUGAGGCGGAUGAUGUAUUGCUUGCGGAGCAUGCCUUGCUGAACCAGGGUGCCCUGGAGGCCUUGGCAGCCGAGCGGGGCCGCUGCCGACGACAACUGCAAAAGCUCUUGCAGGUGGCAGAGGCCGAGGGCUGGUCACAAGACCAGCGCGCAGCCUACGACCAGCUGGUGGCGCAAUGUCAGCGGUUGGAGGAGUCCUUCAAGUCGCUGGACCAGACAGCAGAGAUGCUGCAACAAGGCACCGAGGAGGCCGUCGCUGCCCCUGGCGCCACGUCGGCGAUCGAGGCGCUCAAGGCCGCACUGGCGGGCAAAGUCGACGAUCCGGAACUGCGUGCAGCUUUGGAUGCGGCGCUGAAGCGCCUGGCCAGCUUUGACUCGGAUCUGGAGCAGCAGCGUGCAGCCCUGAAGAGGCGGCGAGUCCGGUCGUCAAGCUCCACAAGCGGCGCGCACGAUGCCACGGAGCUUUCUGCGCUGGUGGAGCUCAUCGACGGGCGAAGCGAGGCCUUGUCGCAGUGCGAAGAUUUCGCCCACAAGCUUCCUUCCGAGCUGUGGCAGCUGAUCUUAUCCUUGUGGCGAGGGAAGCUUACAGACGACUUGCAGCACCUGCUGGAGAAAAUCCUUGGCCCAGAUGUGGCACAGGAAGAUGCCUCUGAAGGUGGAGGGGACGGAAGACGGAGCAGGCUCCGCUUCAAUCGGGACGAGCCGGUCGACACAGAUGCAGCUCUAAGGGAAGCACGGCGCCGUCUGAUGCAGCUUGCAGAGGAGGAAGCGCGGCAGCGAGCGAGACUGGCGCAGCGGCGUCGGAAGCAGAAAGCGGGGGCGGAGCACGAGGAGGAGGCCAGCCCCGGCUCUGCGGAUGAUCCUGCGAGCCGCUCCCGCAGGCUUAAAGUGAAACCAGCCUUCGACAACGAGGAAGCACGCCGUGCUGUGGCGGAAGCUGCCCGACGCCUGGCAAACUUCGAGGACCAGCUUGAGCUCCAGCGCUGCGGCCUGCAGCGCCGCAGAGUGCAGAAGCAGAGUGGCGAGGUCGACGAUGUUACUUUGCUGGGAUACGCGCUUCUUCAUCACGGCGAGCUUGAAGCGCUGGCUGCCGAGCGGAAGGGCUGCCUCUCCGACUGCGACCGGCUUUUGCAGGUGGCUGGCAGGGAGGGCUGGUCGAGUGAGGACGUCGGUGCGUGCGAGCAGCUGGGCGCCCGCUGCCGCGACUUGGAUGACUCCUUCCGCUCCUGCGUGCAGACAGCCGCGCAGCUUAAGCAGGACGCCUCAAAGGCGGCACCUUUGCGCUUUGAAGACUCAGAACGGCAGGCGGCUCUGGAGGAGGCCUUGCGCCGUGUGGCUCGGUUCGACCACGAUGUGGAGGCACAGCGCGAGGCACUUCGCAGGCGGCGGAGGAAAGGUGCCACAGGUGGAGAAGCCGCUGUGGAUGCCGUGCUUGCCUCCCUCUUGGAGCAGCGCCGGGAGGCCAGGCUCCAAUGCGAGGAGCUGGGUCGGGACUCGCCUUCUGAAGCCUGGAGCCUCAUUGACUCCCUGUGGAGCGGCAAGCUGACGGAGAGAUUGGAGCAGCUGACCGUCCAUGUCUCAGUCCGGGUCCAGGAGCCUUCUUCUGAAGACAGCCAGAGGAGUAGCAGGCAGCCGGGCCCAGGAGGAUCUGUGGAUACAUCGGCAGAGAUGGCCGAAGCGCGCAGACGUUUGGCCCAGCUGUCGGAGGAUGCCGAGCGACAGCGGCUAGGCCUCCGUGCGAGGCGCCGCCGGGGCAAAGCUGAGGAGGCCGUCAAGGAAGAACUGGAGCAGAUCGCAGCAUCUGGUGCGGAGUUUGGAGCUUUGGCAGUCGAGCACUGUGAAGGCCUCCAAGAUCAGGAAAAGUCUCUCAGCGAGGUCAUGCAGAAAGACUCUGAAGCCAUGGACGAGAUUGAAGCCUGGAGACAGCUUGUUGGACUCGAAGAGCUGCAGGCUGCGGCCUCCAAGAUGUCUAAGCGGCUGCAGGACGAGGCGACAGGCAAGACGGUGGCUGACCUCACAGGGCUGAGUCCAUCGCGAUUGAAGCGCCAGGGCACCAAAGGCGACUUCAGCACAGACACCAGUGCUGCCAAGCAGCAGUGCGAGGAGAUGAAGGCCCGGCUGCAGGAACUUCGUGAGGAGGAAGAGGAGCGGCAACGGCUGUUGCUACAGCGGCGGCAGCGGCGCAAACGCCAGGAGCCACCUGAAGAUGCCGAGGAGGCAGCGUUGGAGGCCGAGGCUCGUUCCAGGGAGCUCUUGCUCAAGGCCCACGAAUGCCUGGUCGAUGGUGGCCAAAAAACAGAAGACGUUCAGGACCUGCGUCAAAAGCUGCGGGAGCUUCGCGCCGAAGGCUACGAGGAAGCCGUGUCGAAAGAGGAGCCAGCAGAAGCAGUGCAGCCGCCCGAACCGGAGCCGGCGAAGCCACCAAAGGAACCUCCGAAGGAGGAGCUUUUGGCGGCUUUGGCCGCCUCCGAGCAGCGGACGGACUGGGUCAGCUCGAUGGCCGCCAACCUGCUCUCGCAGCUUGAAGUGGUCUUCGAGGACCGUGAUCAGCAAGGAGUCCACCUUGGAAACGCUGUGGCCGCCGUGGUUGACAGGUGGCGAGGUCAGCUGCCCAAAGAGACUGCAGCAGAGCUGGAGGAGGCAGCUUCGGGCAGCAUGGAAUGUCUCAAUCGACUCGGCGAUGCCGCACAGCAGGCAAUGGCCCAGCAGGUGGUUACUGGGGAGGAGCGCGACUUCCUGCUUGGCAGCUGGCGAAGUCAACUGGUUGGAGCUGCACAGGAGACCGAGAAGCAGUCCUCCAAUGAGCAAGAGGAGAUUCGUGCUCGGGCUUCGGCCCGGCGCAGGGAGCGGCAGGAGAAAAGAGCGAAGGCCACGUCGGAGACCCAGAAGCGCCAGUCCCGCUGGAGGGCUGUCAAGGAGGCCUCCAAGAGCUUCAAGACACCUGCAGCUGCGGAGGUAAGACGCUAUCGAAGUGAGGGAGAAUCGCUGGUGAGGUCCUUCUAUCGCAACGCGGAAGAGGAGGAGGAACAGCAGGCCCGGCGAAUGCUGCGAAGACUGGAGGAACGCCGGAGUCGGGCGCAGUCUCGUUCAAGGCCCAGCACAGCAGCGCCAUCAGCAGAAACGUCGCCGCUUGAUUCGCCUUUGCGUCGAGGCUUGGCGCGGUCCAACAGCAAUUGGGCUUGGUCACCAUCGGAACCUGCUCUGACAACACAAGACUCGACGGCGCCAUCAGCAGAAAAGUCGCCGCUUGAUUCGCCUUUGCGGCGAGGCUUGGCGCGGUCCAACAGCAAUUGGGCUUGGUCACCGCAGCGUCGCUUGGAACCGACUGUGACAACGCAAGACAUGAUGAUGAUGUCAUUCGCGUCUGAAUGGAUGCCACAAUAG